AUGACCACGACCGCUACCCAACACUUCGCUCAACUUUUACAAAAAUAUGGCAUCGACACAGUCUUUGGAAUUGUGGGCAUCCCUAUUGUCCAACUAGCGGAUACGAUGGUUGCCAACGGUAUCAAAUUCAUUCCAUGCAGGAACGAACAGGCUGCCUCAUAUGCAGCCUCUGCUUAUGGUUAUAUUAGUGAUAAGCCCGGCGUGUUACUUAUUGUCGGGGGCCCCGGUUUAAUCCACGCACUGGCUGGUAUAUACAACUCAAUGAGUAAUAGGUGGCCUCUUCUAGUAAUUGCAGGGAGUUCUUCUCAAAGUGAUAUACAUAAAGGCGGGUUUCAAGAGUUGGAUCAAGUUAGUCUUUUGUCCCCAUUUUUGAAGUUUACCGGAAAGUUAACCCCUGACAAUAUUGACAUGAUUACUCAGAAGGCUUUGAAUUACUGUAUACAAGGCACUGCAGGGGUUUCUUACAUAGACGUCCCUGCAGAUUUUAUUGAGUAUGAAAAACCCUUAGAAGGAAACGACCGUACAGGAAAUGAAUUACCGAUGAUAUUAACUCCAAACAUAUGUGGCCCUGAUCCGUCGAAGAUCAAAAAAGUCGUACAGCUUAUUUUGCAACAUAAAAAUAAAAAUAUUCUGAUUGUUAUUGGAAAGGGUGCGGUAAAAAACUCACACGAAAUCCGCAGACUAGUAAAUACGUUCAAUCUACCAUUUUUACCCACCCCAAUGGCUAAGGGAAUUGUCCCAGACUCUUCUCCACUGAACGUUUCAUCUGCAAGAUCUCAAGCAUUGAAAAUAGCGGAUAUUGUUCUUGUUCUCGGGGCAAGAUUAAACUGGAUAUUGCAUUUUGGUACUUCACCCAAAUGGAACUCAGAAUCCAUAUUCAUCCAGUUCGAUUCCAAUCCCGAAACCUUGGGGGAUAACAAUGUCUCACCUGGUGCUGACCUUUCCAUAUGGGGAGAUAUAGGCUUGAGCGUAACCGCUUUAGUUGAGGAAUUGACUCGCCAAGAUUCCUGCUGGAAGUAUAGUGGUGUUAAGCAAGAAAUACGAGAGAAAAUUCAACUGAAUCAAACUCGUCUAUUGAGGAAAGAGAAGACUAGAGGGGCACAAUUGAAUUACAACCAGGUUUAUGGAACAUUGAGGCCUCUUAUCGAUGAUUACAGGACAAUACUUGUGACGGAGGGAGCAAAUACUAUGGAUAUUGCGCGUAUUUCAUUCCCUACAGACGCUCCAAGGCGCCGUUUAGACGCAGGGACCAACGCGACUAUGGGGAUUGGGCUCGGAUAUGCUCUUGCAUGCAAGGCAUCUCAUCCGGAACUCGAUGUGGUGCUGAUUCAGGGUGAUUCCGCAUUUGGAUUCUCUGCCAUGGAAAUUGAAACGGCAGUAAGGUGUCAGCUGGCAUUGGUCAUCGUUGUGAUGAACAAUAGCGGUAUUUACCAUGGAGAAAAGGAUAUAGAGGGUGAUUUACCUCCAACGGCACUAAGCAAGAACUGCCGUUACGAUCUCGUAGGCAAAGGACUGGGUGCCAAUGAUUUUUUUGUCAACACAAUAAGCGAACUGAGCAGAUGCUUCCAACAAGCCGUGCAGCUUUCUCGGACUAAAAGAGAAACAAGUGUCAUCAACGUUAUCAUUGAGCCUGGCGAACAAAAGCAAAUUGCCUUUGCCUGGCAGAAUAAACCGCGUUUAUAG